AGAAGUUUGGUUCAUCUUGUGCUAUAAAUAUCCAGGCCCUAUCAAGCUUAGCUCAAGGCAACAAACACACUCCCAUAGUUCAUUGCUCACUUAAACCAGCUGCAGGGAUCGAUUCCAUUGAUUAGUAGAUACAAUUAAGGUCGACGAUAUAUACAUGGCUGGUGCAAGUGCAAGAAGCGGCGGCGGCGGCCCGUGCUUGGUCCUGCUGCUCGUGGUGAUCACGGCGGUCCUCGCCGGCGGGUCGUCGGCGCAGCAGCUGUCGACGGGGUUCUACGCCUACACGUGCCCGGGCGCCAUGGACGCCGUGAAGAGCGUGAUGGAGGCCGCCAUCGCCGGGGAGCCCCGCAUCGGCGCCUCCAUCCUCCGCCUCUUCUUCCACGACUGCUUCGUCCAAGGUUGUGACGGGUCGCUGCUGCUAGACGACGCGCCGGGCUUCCAGGGGGAGAAGACGGCGACGCCCAACAACGGUUCGGUGCGCGGGUUCGAGGUGGUGGACGCCGCUAAGGCCGCCGUCGAGGCGCUCUGCCCCGCCAUCGUCUCCUGCGCCGACGUGCUCGCCCUCGCCGCCAGGGACAGCGUCGUCAUCCUGGGUGGUCCGAGCUGGGAGGUGAAGGUCGGACGGCGGGACUCGACGACGGCGAGCUUUGCCGGCGCCAACAACAACAUCCCGCCGCCGGCGUCCGGCCUCGCCAACCUCACGGCGCUCUUCGCCCAACAAGGGCUCUCCCAGAAGGACAUGGUCGCCCUCUCCGGAUCUCACACCAUAGGCCAAGCACGCUGCACAAACUUCCGAGCCCACAUCUACAACGACACCAACAUCGACAGCGGCUUCGCAGGGGGCCGUCGAUCGGGCUGCCCCUCCACCUCCGGCUCCGGCGACAACAACCUAGCGCCGCUUGAUCUCCAGACCCCGACCACCUUCGAGAACAACUACUACAAGAACCUUGUCGGCAAAAAAGGGCUCCUGCAUUCUGACCAGGAGCUCUUCAAUGGCGGCACCACCGACCCACAAGUACAGUCCUACGUCAGCAGCCAGAGCACCUUCUUCGCGGACUUUGUGACGGGCAUGAUCAAGAUGGGCGACAUCUCGCCGUUGACGGGGAACAAUGGACAGAUCAGGAAGAACUGCAGGAGGACAAAUUAACUGAAUUAUAUAUGUAAAGUGAUGAUGCAUACCGUGUGUGUGUGUCGAGUGAUUUGUGUGUUCUGGUGAGAACUUGCGGUCACGUCUCGCAUUUUUUUUGCUUCCACAAUUGUCAAAUUAAUAUGUAUUCAUUGUAUCGAUCCUUAUGUCCCUACAUCGAAUAAUUGGACAACAUACACGUUGUAGUUUGUCCCGUGCA